GACCCUUCUAUGUUAAGCGUCAGUUCAAUAUUUUUUAUACGAUUAUUGAAUUAUUGGUGUCGCGUUUAUACUGAGAAUGACAUCCUCAGUCAUAAAAGAAAAUGUGCCAAUGCUUUUGAUGGGAAUAGUACUUCCAUUUUAUAUUGCUGCAAAAAUGGAAUCUGGAAAUUAUGAUUUGCUAUCUUUUCCAACCAACUGGACACCAAAGUUGGAUCUAUAUGUCUCUGUUGUGUAUAUCGCAUGGCUGCUUGGUCAAUGGAUCUUGUAUAUGUUAGAUGUUGGAGAUGUUAUCCCGGGACCCGUGCUGAGACAAGGAAAGCGGCUGAAUUAUCGACUGAAUGGUUUCUUUGCUCUGGUCGUCAAUAUAAUAGUUUUUCUAUUCGCCACUUUAUGUGGGUUUAGAGUUGCUGUUAUAUUUGAGAAGAUAACAGAGCUUGUGACAAUAGCCUGUCUGAUACAGUUUUUGAUCAGUUUCAUACUGCUUUGUACACAAAAGACAGAAAAUUUGCCUAUUUACAACAUCAACCCAGUUGGAAAUAGGGGAAACAUACUGGAAGAUUGGCUAGUUGGAAGAUCUAUAAGUCCCCGCCUUGGUUUCUUAGAUUUGAAAUUUGUGUUUGCCCGAACAGGCAUGAUUGCAUUGGCUUUUUUUAAUUUUUCCGUCAUGGCUAAAUAUUAUGAGGACAACAAGACUACCAACUACACACUCCUCUUGGCUAUUGGAAUGGCGCUAGUUUAUACGGCUGAUAACCUGUAUCAUGAAUCCUUUAUCGUUUAUAUCCGAGAGAUGAGUCGAGAAGGGUGUGGAAUUACUUUACUAGUAUAUGUGAUAGGAAUUCCAAUUGAAUAUGGCUUGGUAGUCAGCUAUGUUGCAACAACUAAACAUGAACUUCCAUUGUACUGUUUGCUGUUAAUUGCCGUAAUCUUUUUAUUAGGAUACUGGACAUAUAGGAGCAGCAACAAUGAGAAAUCUCACUACAGAGCAAACCCAGAUGACCCAAUAUUCAAAAAAUACGAAACUAUUACUACGGCAUCUGACAAGCACCUGUUGGUGUCUGGAUGGUGGGGAAUGUCUCGUCAUCCAAAUUACCUCGGAGACAUAGUUAUGCAUGUCGCUAUGAGUUUUGCUGCAGGUUUCACUAAUUUCCUUCCUCACUUGAACGCAACUUUGAUUACAUCGAUGUUGUUGCAUCGAGAACGAAUGGACUGUGACGAAUGUAAAGAUAAAUACGGCGAGGAUUGGGAAAAAUACUGUCAUCGUGUCAAAUGGAGAGUUAUCCCUUAUAUCUAUUAAAUAACGCACUAUAGUUACAAAUUUAUUUAGAAAAAAAAACUAAUGUAAUAUUUUAUGUUAUGAAUUUUUGUGACAGCUUAACCAGACCUAGGAACUUUUUUGAAGAGGAUAUUUCCUAAUAUUUCAAAAACAGCAACAAAGACAGUUAUGCGUAUGUCUGAAAUUGCUUGUUUGUAUGUGUAUACAUUAUAUGUGUUAGUGUAUUGUCUUUAAUUUCAAUGUAUUCCUUUAAAACUGCUGAAUGUAGAUGAAGUAUCUGUAUCAAUUGGUUUUAAUUUAAAAGGUUUACUCAUGGAUGAACACUUUUGGAUAAAAAAAUCCAAAACUAUUGACAAUUCUGUCAAUUUUAUACAUUUGUUCAACGUUAGUAUAUUUUACUGAGAUUUUAGAAUAACAGAAAAAAAUGUGCUUGGUAAACAAUAAUGUUAAAGGACCAAGUGUUCAUUGUGUGAUUUUGCAUGAUAAAACAGGAAUCUUUAGAAUGAAAAAAGUGAAUUCAUGCAAUUGAAAAAUACUUUUAAAAUUUGUAUUGAUUUUCUUGUAUCAAAAGAGGACAGUAUUGACUAUGAUCAUACUAAUUGUAUCUUUCAAUGCAUGAGUAAGAUGUUAACCUUUUAGUUGAAUUGAGAGUUUGUUUCCUUUUUGCUAAGUUUUACUCCUUUUUUGUAUAUUCUAAUAAAAUCAAGACGUAACUAAAUUGA